AUGGUGCCCCUCAUCAAGGCAGUGGCAGCGGCUUGUGCAGACGAGUCCAGGAGGAAGUCUGGAGACCUUCAUGGCAGGAAGGAAGAGCCGCUCAAACAUCUGUACGACCCGAAGGUGGAGCUGUUCCAGUUGCACAUGGCCGAAGUGACGGGCAGCGCAGCUUCCAGACUUUCUAAGGUCUGAGUUGUGCGCAAAUCCAUUGGCCAUGUUCUCACCCUCAUUCACCAGGCUCAGAAAGAGAACCUCAGGAAAUUCUACAAGGGCAAGAAGUACAAGACCCUAGAUCUGCAGCCCAAGAAAACACAUGCUGUGCGCCGCGGGCUCAACAAGCAUGAAGAGAACUUGAAGCCCAAGAAGCAGCAGAGGAAGAAGAGGCUGUGCCCACUGCGGAAGUACGCGGUCAAGGCCUGA